UUGCCAAAAUCCAAGGAAAAGAAACCUCACCGUCUCUCUUCUCCAUCUCUCCAAUAAACUGUCACAGUAACUGAAACUUUCACCUGGUCGUUAUGGCAGUUACUCUGAAAAGAGUAUCCCCCAUUGCUCCUUUCGUUUUCAGGAGCUUUCCUCGUUUUGGAACUCUCUAUAAUUUCUCCGAAUCCUCAACUACCCAAUCCACAUUCUCUACAAGCCAUGUGAACUCCGUUGAGGCUGAUGAUGCCCAGGAUUUUUUGCUAUGGCAAAAUGGAGGUGGCCGUUUUCAUAAAUCAGCUUCUAUUGAUCCAACUGCGGUUAUUGAGUUCGGGGCCAUUGUUCAUCCGAAAUCCGUGUUGGGUUCAAAUGCUCGUGUUGGGUCAGGGACUGUCGUUGGACCUUGUGUUACCAUCGGUCAAUUUACAAAGAUUGGGUAUAAUGCUGCACUGAGUAACUGCGCUGUAGGUGAUUCAUGUGUAAUCCAUAAUGGAGUUUGCAUCGGCCAAGAUGGAUUUGGGUUUUUUGUCAAUGAGGAUGGAAACAUGGUCAAGAAGCCUCAAAUGCUAAAUGUUAGGAUAGGGAACCAUGUGGAUAUUGGAGCUAACACAUGCAUUGAUCGGGGCAGUUGGAGAGACACAGUAAUAGGAGAUCACUCAAAGAUAGAUAACUUGGUUCAGAUUGGACAUAAUGUAGUUAUUGGGAAAAGUUGCAUGUUUUGUGGACAGGUCGGCAUAGCAGGUUCAGUGAUGAUAGGAGACUACGUAGUUCUAGGGGGGAGAGCAGCAGUUCGUGAUCAUGUCUCUAUUGUAUCAAAGGUCAGAGUAGCUGCUAAUAGCUGUGUCACUAAGGACAUCAGAGAGGCUGGGGACUACGGUGGCUUCCCUUCUGUUCCUAUUCAUGUUUGGCGAAGACAAAUAGCUAUUCAGAGACGGAAUUCAGAAAAGGGGGAAUCCUGAGGUUUAUUAACAGCUUAGUUCAUACAGUUAUAUAUGGUACUUGUCUCCCUAAUAAGUUUUACCCUUUUUUCCUUCUUUGAAACUAAUUUGGAGAGAGGGAGAUAGAAUGCUAACUGUAUGAUUUCUCCUUGACCAUGACCACAACUUCAAUUCUUUGAUUUCUUAGACUUGGUUUUGGUAAUGUCAACUGCUUUAUUUCCUCGUAUGACUAAAGGAUUUUGCAAUUUUAAGUCAGAUUUUGGUCGAAAGGUUGAUUAUGUUCAUCUAUGAUAUGGAAAGGUUUGUUUGUAUUUUAUUUUUGCUGUUGUGUCAAUGAAAGUAGUAACCUCAUUAAGCAUUG